AUGCCCAAGCAUCAUUGUUGUUGUUGUCCGGAAUUCCUAGACACUCGCUCUGGUUCUCAGCUACCUCGCCUGAGACUCACUGGGGCAGCCCUUCCCUCGAUCAUGAACCCCCACAUCUCCGUGCCCCGUCAACAUGCCGGUCCGGCCAACCUCGGCGGGUCAACGCCGACCAGUCGCCGGUCCAGCGUGCGCAUGCCGCGAUUCUUCAAGAGACUGUUCAAGUUCCCGCAAAUGGACUUUGAAAUGGCCAUUUGGGAGAUGACUUCGUUGUUAAUUGCCCCGAAGAAGGUCUUCAAGUCGAUUUAUUACCAUAAUACAUGGCACCGGCCAGACCCAUCCUUCACCUACCUCCUAUCCUUCUUCCUUCUCCUCACAGCCCUCGCCUGGGGAUUAGCCUAUACCCCGUCCUUCGGCGCAAUUAUCCGCCUCAUGUUCUUCUUCAUCUUCAUCCACUUCAUUGGAUCUUCCCUCCUCGUCUCGACUAUCGGCUACUUCGUCAUCGGCCGACUAUUCGGUCCGGACGGCGCUGCCACGUCCUUGGCCGGCUUGCGCGGCUCCCGAGGCCGACGACGCGGCGCUGCACAGGGGCUAUUUGCCCAGCCGGGGGAAAAGGAACAGCUAGAGUUUGGAUAUUGUUUUGAUGUCUCCAACCGCGCUUUCUUCCCCCUCUACCUCCACCUCUACGUGGUGCAGUUCCUGCUCCUCCCGCUCCUCACCCGCAGCCCGAGCAACUUCCUGGCCACGUUCCUCGGAAACACGCUAUAUCUGUCUGCGCUCAUCUACUAUACCUACAUCACCUUCCUGGGGUACAAUGCCCUCCCCUUUCUGCACAACACGGAGCUGCUGCUUGCUCCCAUCCUGAUCUUUGCGGUGCUCUGGCUCGUCAGUCUGAUUGCCGGCUGGGGGGUUGUCGCGCAAGGCCACAGUGUCGAGGGCUUGUUCUGGGGUGUGUAA